AUAAACGUUGUCUGUAGACAUUCAUCAAUCAAUUGCACUCCACCAUGUCAUACACAACGACUUCACUCAUUAUAACAUCAUUAUUAACUGUGGGUGGAUAUAUGUUAUUCACUGGGUCCGGGGAAUCCUUCAAUGUUGGAGAAUUCUUAGAGACCACAUCACCAUAUAUGUGGGCGUGUUUAGGAAUUGGUUGUUGUAUCGGGCUCUCCGUCGUUGGUGCUGCCUGGGGGAUUUUCAUUACCGGCUCUUCUAUCUUGGGUGCUGGUGUCAAGGCCCCUCGUAUAACUACCAAGAAUUUAAUCUCGAUUAUUUUCUGUGAAGUUGUGGCUAUUUAUGGAUUGAUUAUGGCCAUUGUCUUUUCUGCCAAGUUGACCAGUGUGGGUUCAUUGACCUUGUAUACCAAAGAAAAUUUGUACACUGGGUACUCUUUGUUUUGGGCCGGUUUAACUGUUGGUGUAUCUAAUUUAAUUUGUGGUGUUGCCGUGGGGAUAACUGGAUCUACUGCUGCUAUCAGUGAUGCUGCUGAUUCUUCCCUUUUCGUCAAGAUUUUAGUGGUGGAAAUCUUUGGAUCAGUCUUGGGUUUGUUUGGAUUGAUUGUCGGAUUAUUAAUGACUGGUAAGGCCCAAGAAUUUAAGUAAAUCUGAUAUACUUUCGCAUAUAUACAUAGUAACAUUACAAUAAACGAUAAAGUUUC